UGGAAAAUUUUAAAAAAAUAUAAAUUGUCGAUAGAUAAAGUAAUUUUCUAUUUUAUCAUCUACAUGGCAUGAGUUAUAUGAUAUUACGAAGCAGUAAGCAUAGUUUUUAUAUCAGUUACUGCAGGUUACUGAGACUUUAAAUAUUUAUUUAAUAAAAUAUGAGUGGUAAUAAUAAAAAUAAAAAUAAAAAUAAAAAUAAAAAUAGAGGUAAAAGAUCAACAGUAGAAAGUGAUAAAAAUCGUAAAUUAUGGGAUCAACAAGAGAAAUCAAUUUUACUUAAAGCAUUAAAAAAAUAUGGUUAUACGGAUAUUGAUAAUAUUGCUAAAGAAUUUCCUUAUAAAUCAUUGGCUGCUGUUAGAACAAUGAUUAAUAAAUUACAUUUGGCGGCUAAAAAAAAUUCAACUGUAAAAAAAGUACAAUUAGACGAGUGGUUAAAUUCAGGAUUUUUUGAUAGCACUGACACUAUGAUACCUGAAGCAUUUAAAUUUAUAUCAAUAUUUGAAAAUCAUCCAACUCCUGAACAAUCUGCUGGUUGUGAUUUUAGAUCAUUGUAUGAUUUAUUACAUCGUACAACAUUGGGACAACCGCCUGUUGAUAUAACACAGAUGACCGUUGAAACAUUAUUUUAUGUAUUAAAUAAAAUAACACAUGACAUUUGGCCAAGUUCUGAAAAACAAGUUUGUGAAUAUGUCCAACGAUUAGAACAAAUUAGAACACGAAGAGUAUAUUCUAACUCACGAGUUAAAUCUUCAAAUAAUUUAUAUUAAUUAAUAAAUUGUAAUAACUAUUUUAAAAUAAAAGUAAAAAAGGAGAAAAAUAAAUUUUGUUUAAGAUUAAUAUUUUA